CUGUCAAAUUUCUUUCUUUUCGUUGAUUUUUCGACGCCCGCACAAGCAAGAUGAAACAGAACCCGUUCGUGUCGUCGUCGCGCAGGAAGAACCGCAAGCGUCACUUCCAGGCUCCCUCCCACAUUCGCAGGCGCCUCAUGUCCGCUCCCCUCUCCAAGGAGCUGCGCCAGAAGUACAAUGUGCGUUCCAUGCCCAUCCGCCGCGACGAUGAGGUCCAGGUGAUCCGCGGCCACUUCAAGGGCAACCAGGUGGGCAAGGUGGUCCAGGCCUACCGCAAAAAGUUCGUCGUCUACGUCGAGAAGAUCCAGCGCGAGAACGCCAACGGCACCAACGUCUACGUGGGCAUCCAUCCCAGCAAGGUGCUGAUCGUCAAGCUGAAGCUCGACAAGGACCGCAAGGCCAUCCUGGAGCGUCGCGGCAAGGGUCGUCUGGCCGCUCUCGGCAAGGAUAAGGGCAAGUACACCGAGGAGACCGCCGCCCAGCCCAUGGAGACCGCGUAAAUCGCCGGCUAAAACUCUGCUCUGGACAACUGGGACGUCGCUGUUUACUGUUUUUACCGUAACGCUUAGUGUAAAAAACAAAACAUCUGAAAAAAAUCGCGUGUGAAAACGGCGCCAUUCUUUACAAUAAAGGAAAGUUGAUUUUCACAAAUGGAUCUGUUGGCUUAUUUCCCUGAAUGAAGUUUUAGAUAAAUGUGCCGGAAAACCGACGUAGCUGAGAAGUUUUGGAGUAGUUUAAAAAGAGACGCUCUGCUAUUUGUUUUGCAAAGAUUAUUGAUGUUUGAUUACUGCCCGAUUAGAUUCUGUUUCAGAUAUAACUUAUACUGCCAUCUUCUCCAUAUUUUUGUUACUCUAAAAGUUAAAACCUUUAAUUGACUUGCAUUAGCUUGAAAUAGAGUUUUCAUUGAAUUUGGACUUAUAAAAUGCUGUAUUUGGCAUCCAUCCAUUCAAAUUAAUAGUCAAAUGAUUGAUUUAAGUUAAGCUUGUAACCAAAAAUCCAAAAAUAGCAGAUUUAAUACGUAAUGGCUACUUACAUGUAUAAUCGAUCGUGUAUUCCUACUAUACAAUCUUGAUAAGCAUCAACAGCAAACUUUCAAAGCUAUUUAACUUUCCCAAAGAGUUUCAUUUUGUAGGUAGAAU